CAUGUCCCGCGAAGCUUCCAAACAGCAGCAUGGUAGACAUGGAGGCGUCUCCCCUGAGCAAGACAUAUGGAUGGAGUCUAUCACGACUUCUUCGCCUUAUACAUUGGACGAUGACAGCGUUCGACUAUUAGACAAGACAGAACAAGAGUCCAAACACAAAAGUCCACAUAGACCGUCAACACCUUGUUGUGCAGAGGACAAAGUAUCCUUAAAAAUGACCUCUUCAUAUCAGCGCAGCCUGGAACCUCACCAAUCCUUCACUACACGCAUACAGAAUAGGCGAGCAGGAUCCCGAUUUCACGGAUGGCGUAUGGGGAUUUUACUGGGCUGCAUCAUGUCUGCGAUUAUCCUAUGUGUCAACGUCGGCGUGUUGAUUUUCGCCGCAGUCCGACGUGCGGGAUUCAAAGGAGGUUUUGCAGAGCCGUUUGACUUUGCUCCGUCUCGCAUGUCGCAGCUGAGCAGCGCGAUUCAUAUCGUCAUCAACGUUCUCAGCACGUUGUUACUUAGCGCGAGCAAUUACACCAUGCAGGUGCUGAGCUCCCCUACGCGAGCAGAAGUCGAUAAGCGGCAUAGAAAGGCUCAGUGGUUCGAUAUCGGCGUCUUGAGUGUGCACAAUUUGACGCAGAUUACAAUGAAGCGGUCAACUUUGUGCGCAGUUUUGGUUCUAUCGUCAGUUCCUUUGCAUCUUUUCUACAACUCAGCCGCCAUUUACAUCGCGGCGUCAAGCGAGUUUGAUGUUCAUCUACUGCCUAGUGAGUCCUCGAAGAUACCGUCAAUGAGUACCAACACUACCUUCACGCAUUUUGUCAAUGAGACGUGGCGACCGGAUUUUACUGCGCCACUGAUCCAGUACCAAGACCUGUAUCUCGUUGUUGAUCGAUGGGCUUCGACAAUAAACAUAACGAAUCAGAUAGGUGAACCAUGGGAGGAAGUGGCAACUCCGAAAAACAUAACGUUACCAAUUGAGGCCGACGUUCCCUUUGAUGCCCUGCUCACGAACGUAACCAGCUGGGUAAAAAUCGAAGCAUUGGGUGUAAGCUCCCUCACGAAAGACCCCUUCCCCAGCUUUGCACACAUAAGUUACGGUUACGCCAUCAAAGCCAAUCCUGAGGAUCGCAUACAGCUCAGUCUGAAUUUCCUCAUCAUCGUGAUUGUAUGCAACGCUAUCAAGCUUUCGGUUAUGAUGUUGGUACUUUACAGAGAGAAGUCAGAGUUCAUAGUAACUAUUGGAGAUGGCGUCGCCUCGUUUCUCGAACACCGGGAUCCUAACACGGAGAAGUUUUGCGUUUUCAACAAGCACGCCCUCACGGCUGAGGUUGCCCAUCGGACCACUCGUCAAACCAUCCAGGAUGAACCGGAUUUCGGCUCUCAAGCGCAAUAUAAAGAAGAUAUGUUCAAACAGAUUGACCCCAAAACGAAAGACGAUCGAUCACGUACCCUGAAAGACGAUGCUUUCGAGAAGCUGGUACUCACCUCAAAUGGCGUAUGGCGUGACUUCAAGUAUCCCUAUUCCUCCGCCUUAGGCAAGGACCGAGAAAUAGGCUCCUCCUUUAUUUUCCUGGUGAUAUUCGUCACCUUUAUACUCGGUUUCAUCCUUGUAACGCAAAUGAUCUCGGGAAACGUCAGCUCCAAAUGGGGCACUUCCUCGACAACGGUUCUCGGGGAUAGCGGCCAUAAUGCCGGGAACAGUCUGGCGUUAGCAUGGAUGUCUAACGCGCCGCAAAUCGUGCUCUCCUUUCUCUACUUCGCCAUCAACAGCGAGUGUACGUCCAUGGCCGGAGCGUACGAAUGGAACAGGAUGGCCUUAGUGCGCAAGGGUCUGCGAGUCACCAAGCCAUUUGGAGAGCAGCGGAGUACUUACUUCUUGCAACUCCCGCUGCGAUUUUCCUUACCGCUCAUAGCCAUAAGUGGAGGUCUUCAUUGGCUCCUGUCCCAAAGCUUGUUCCUCCUACGCAUAGACACAGUGGAUCGCGAGGGCAAUCUCAAUCCAGGACAGUCCAAAUCCGGAAUGGGCUUCUCCAGCAGCAGUUUCCUUACCCUGUGCGGCACUUUCUACAUCUUCGUGAUUGCAGUUGGGAUUGUAGGGCGUAGGCGGAUUCAGGCAAGGGUUCCGUUUGCCGCUUCGUGUAGUCUCGUCAUCAGCGCCGCGUGCCACGCACCAGAGAGAGAGCAGGAAACGCACUUGCGCAGGAUCAAGUGGGGCGUGGUGGAAGAGCGUAUGUUUGACCAAAAGAUGCAUUGUUCAUUCUCUUCUGGGCCAGUGGAGGAUCCGGUGCCCGGAGAAGUGUACUCGUGA